AUGUCCUCACAAAAUAACAUUCAACAACUUGACCUCCUUUCAGCUUGCCUCUUCAAAUUUUACUUGACAUCACCCAACGCCUCCAGCAACAAAAAGGAUAUCGGCUCUGUAAAACAUCUUGAGCACCUACUCGAAAACGAAGACGUCAAAGCAAACCAACAGCUUUCCAAUCUUUUGAAAAACAUCAAGCGCCAAACGUUUCGAUCGAAGUCAAAUAAAAUGGCCGAUCUUGCUUCAGCAUACAACGCCAGUGGGUAUGCUCAGGCAGCACAAGCUAACCUUCCCCAUGAGAUGCAGUCGGUGAGAUUGAAUGCACCAGUGAAGAAGACGAAGAAAGCAGACGUCGGCGGGGGCAAAUCACCACAUUUUCGCAUGCCGGCUACAUCUGGUACUUUCCAACAAGUCCACUACGAAACCACAAAUGUUCACGGCAUUCCUGUACCUGAGGAAGUGACAUAUACUGUGCACAUGAUUGAAAUGCUUCCUUCAGUGUGUGCUGGGGACUUAAAGCAUGAAUGGACCAAUGACCACCAAAUGAAGAUUUCAUUCAAGCACUCCGAUCCGAUGAGCUUUCCGAUGAUGCUCUUGCCGCUCUUUCAUCGCGGAGGCAAACUUGCAUAUGGCCAAGAUUCUGCCUUGGCCACCUCAAUGGAGCAAAAUGUCGCUGGUAAAAGGGGACCGGAUGGGCACGUGUGGGAUGGUGCGGUGAUCAGCUAUCCCGAGCCUCAAGACCCUGCCACCUACUCUCCCGGAGAUGGACUUACUGGGUUCGAUAUUGUGGAAGUCCCACAUGUUCGCACUGAUGGCAUCGAGGUAGCAAUAAACAUGCUCAUUGUGUGCACUAGAACGCCGAAGGCAGUAAAGCAAACUGUUGACGUUGGGUUUGCUAAGUCACAAAUCAAACUUCAAAGCACUUGGGGACCGCAAGCUGCAAAUGGAGGCGGUGGUUUCCAAAAUCCUUUCAACUUUGGGAGUCCAAGCUUCUCACCCUACACUACUUCCAAUGGUAAUCAACAAAACGCCGCUGCAUUUGGAAACAAUCAAUUUGGUAUGCCACCUUGUGCUGCUCCGUCCAACAGCAACCAACAUAACGCCGCUACUUUUGGGAACCAAUUUGGUGCGCAGCAACCUCCCCCUGCUCGAUCUAAUGGCAUCCAAAGAAACCAAUUUGGCACGCAUUCACAAAACCCCGCUACAUUUGGAAACCAAUUUGGUAGCAUGCAACCUCCUCCGAAUCCAUUUGCGGCUCCGUCCAAUCCAAGCAACGGAAUGCAGCCCUCCCCUAUUUGCAAGAAACAGCAACCAAGAGCUGUCCCAAGCUUUGGCCAUCCACCAAGCCAAAUCAAUGUAUCCAAAGUCCGACUUGCUGAACCAGGAGAUGCAGCAUCGACUUCGUCAGCGCUAUCAUAUGACAACGGUGGCCACAUGUCCGUUGCAAGCUUGACUAGUCAAGUGGAGAAUCUUGCAAGAGAGCUUGAGAACCAAAAAGCUGCAGCAGAACAAGUGAAAGCUAUGGCCGAACAGGAGAAGCAACAACUGAUGCACCAUCUCAACCACCAACAUCAGCAACUUCAAACGGCAGAAGCAAUAGUAUAUCAAGCUGAAGCAGAGAAACAAACAGCUGAAGAAUUGCAAAGGGUUGCGCUACAGGAGAAGACAUUUGCAGAAAACGUAAAGGAGCAAGCUAGUGUGGUUCUACAGAGAGCUGAGGCACAAAGAAAGCUUGGAACUCAUAAACGAAUGCGACCGGAGCUCGAACGUGGAGCUUCAGCAGAAAACGAGGAGGGUGGCACUACACCUAUGACCGACCGUAAGCCCCCCCCCCAUUGCAUCGCUUCCUCAGCCAUAUGUUGCGACCCAAGUCUCUCCUCAAGCCUCCCUUCAAGGUGA